AUGUCUUCAGCAGCCCCAUCCCUGCCGUCCUCUGUAUCUACUGGACAGGAGGUUUCGCUAGGGGAUGAUAUGGAACAACUUGAGAAGGAAUAUUUGCGUGAAAUGUUGAUGGAACAGGGUGUUAUUGGUAAAUCCAAAUCGCGUUCAAAGGAUGUGGAUAGUGAAGACGAUUCGACACUUUCAGGAGGUCAGGCCCCACUUAUUCAUAAAUUUGAUAUUUUGCAUGACUUGCAGAAAUGUGAAAUCAAAUCGCAGCUGGAAAACGCCCCACUUCCUCCCACCACUGAAGCUGAAGAAGAAGGAGACGACGAUCGAGAAUCGAAAGCAGAAAGCAAGAAAGUGCCAUCUGAGACUGGAAGAAUCUCGAGAAUACUUCCAACUGCUUCCAUUCGCAAGAUUCUAUCAAAGGCAGUGCCACUCACUAAAAAAGACAAGAAAGGAGAGGGAGCAAUUGCAAGCAAUGAGGACAGUCUGUCAGAAGAUUCAGGAUCUGUCACGAAAAUACUUUCGGAAGUUCCUCGAGGGAAGAGCGAGCGUGUAGUCGCAAAGCAGAAUAGUCGAACGACCAGUAUGUUACGUUCAGUUUCUUUUUCUGGUAAAAUAUCUGGAUUGGUUCCUUCUGCAACCCAAUUUCGCGGCAAACGCAAUGUGGAAAAGAGACACGAGACCCAGAAAAGCGAAGAGAGCACAGAAGUCGAGGAUAAAUCCAACCCGACAACGCCGCAAAGACCAACAACGUAUAUGCAACCGGUCACAAAGGACUCAGAUGACUCGUCCGACGAUAGGGCUACUGUUCCAGAGACUCCUCCAGGCUUUCGUGGUUUCAUUGAGAUCCCUGAUAAGCAGGAUGAUAUAUCUGGGUCUGAGGGCGAUUCUGACCAACCUUUGUUAUCAAUGCGGCAAAAGUACAAAAUUGCAGCAUGUUUGGCUUUCUUCCUUGUUGUGGCUCUGGUAAUUUGUGGAGUUAUGCUCUCCAACAUCCGCAAUGAUAAAUCUGAAUUGUCAACACAAUCGGAAGAGUUCGACAGCUUUGACUGGACAUUCAAGCCUACAGUACAGGGAAGUGCAGCACCGUCAGUAUCCGCUUCGCCAACUUUCGCCCCAACAACAAAAGGACCGACUACAUCUCCGUCUACUUCGCCUACACAGUUUCCUACGCCGACACCCUCCAGAAUGCCAACCAGGCUACCAUCAGUUCAACCAUCAAAAAGCCCCACAAUGUCACCUACAGUUACGCCAAUUCCCACGCAGACACCGUCCACUUCACCGACAUACACAAAAGGAGGAAACUUUACCGAAAUCGUAUCUCGAGUCUCACCCUCGACCGUUGACAAGAUUUCUAAUCCAUACACGCUUCAAAACAGUGCUUUCCGAUGGAUCAUCGAAGACGAUCUUUACUUUACCUACGACGAAGACCGUAUUAUUCAAAGAUGGGUCUUGGCAUUGUUUUCAAUGUCGUUAUCUCCAGCUACCUGGAGCAAUGGUGCGCUGCAAGAAGAUGUGUUUGCGAAUUGGUUGGAUUACACGCAUGAAUGUACUUGGGCUGUCUCGUCGAACGACAGACUGGCAGAAUGCGACGAAAACGGUGUCCUACGAAGCCUGGUUUUCAACAAUGCAAACUUGGAAGGGAGAAUACCGACAGAACUAUAUCUGUUGACUUCGUUGCGGCGCCUUGUUCUUUCUGGAAAUGACAUGGAUGGGCGUCUAGAUGGUCGCAUCGGUUCUCUUCAACAACUCGAGGAGCUGGCGCUAAAUCACAACAUGAUAACAGGAACCAUUCCCUCGCAAAUCUCGAAGCUCAGAAAUUUAGAGAGUCUCGCUCUCACUGCCAACAAGUUUUCAGGUUCAAUUCCUGAAGAAAUAGGUGAAUUGGAGAGAUUGACGUCGCUGGAUCUUCGAAACAAUGAUUUGACUGGAAGAGUACCUGAAGAGAUAGCACUUAUUUCACCACUGAGAAAGAUUGAACUGAGCGAAAACGCUUUGAGAGGCGAGGUUCCAUCUAUUAUUUGUUUCUCCUUGGUGAUUGAGUCAUUUUCAACAGACUGUUUUGGAGAAGUGGAUUGCACCUGCUGCACUAGUUGUGAAAGUGGCGUUACAGCGCCACCAAGUAUUGCACCACCAACUUCAGAACCUUCGAGUUCCCCUACUCGAUUUCCAACCCUUCGACCAACACCUAGCCCUACUCGCAAUCCAACACGGCCACCUACACCUGGACCAACACCAACGCCAACAGUUCCAAAACCAACCCUUCCACCAACUCCUGGACCGACUCCAGCACCAACUCCUCGGCCUUCCCCUGAGCCUACUGGUGCAACGCCUGCACCAACAGGGAGCCCCACUCGAUGUUCGUUCGAUGACUUUCUUGUAGCAAGACGGUCAUGCUAUGAUGUAGGCGAAACCAUUGAAGUUGAAUUCGCCAACUGCGAUGCACGGCGUGAUGAUUUUUUCGGACUGUAUCCUACAAAUGCUGACCCACAAUCUUUAGACUUUCCCACCUUGUGGCUCUGGUCAUGUGGAGAUCAGAUUUGCAGACAGCUCACCUCAUCUGCCAGAGUAGGAUUCGACUCAGGAUCAGAGGGAAUUGCAACCUGGCCACUUUCAGAAGGAAAUUACAAGAUCUUUCUCAUUCGGAACAAUAAUUCUGGUGGCCCUUACCAAGCUUUUCAAGAGACUCGUGAGUUUGAGGUAUCCAAUGAAUGCUAG